AUGGCCGCCUCCACAAAGUCCCGAAUUUAUGCGCCCCUCCCCUUUGUCCCCCAGUCCUCACUCAGCGAACCAAAGCCCGCGCAUUCGACAGACAGUGCUCUCCAGCUCUCCAUAACGCAUCAUUCAACAUGGCUUCUGGUUUCGGGUAUACUGGUGGUCGAACAAGAUGUUUCCCCUUCUGGCAAGAAUUCUCUAAGGUCCGUCUAUCACCUCUGCAAACGUUGCUCCGAGCUUACCUGCUAUGCCAACGCCGACAAGCCCACCGACUGUAUCGCUCCCAAGGACGAUUACCUGGAGUGUCUUCACAACACCAAGGAGAUCGCCCGAGCCAAGGAAGUCAAGGCCCACUUUAUCCAAAAAGAACUCCACUCUGGCUCCGAUGCGCGUAAAGCCGCCGAGAAGGCUGCUACGGGUGUGGUAGUGUCCUUGGGACUGGUGGAAGGGGAGGAGGGAAAGUAG